GCACCCAGUCUGCGCAUCUCGAAUGGCGUCGAGUUGUUAUUGUUGAAAGCGUUUAAUAAUUUCUAUAAAGAUUAUGAGUGUUUUUGUCGUGUUUUUACGUGUCGUUUUGCGAAUUAGUGAUCACGCCGUGCAAUAGCCCAACAGCGGAGCGCAUCUCGGUGGCUGGAUCGCACUCUAAAGUGUCAAAAGUAUGUCACAGAGAAUCGGGUGGCUGUGAAGGGGCGCCGGCCGGAAUGUGAGUGCCAAGGAUGGCGGCAGACAGUGAUGGCUACGAUCUAACGACCGUAGUCACGUGCGAGGGAAACCUGUCGGACCCGCGCUUCGCGGAGCGCUUCGAAGCUGUCGUCGGCGAGCUGAACGGUAUCCUGGGUGAAGAGGUUAAAGUGCGCAAGCUGGAGCCCUGGAACUCGGUGCGCGUAACGCUGUCCAUUCCCCGGGAAGCAGCGUUACGCCUGCGGAAGCUGGCCAGCGAGGGCUCGGCGCAGCUACGGGCACUGGGCAUCCUCAGCGUGCAGGUGGAGGGCGACCAGGUGAUCUCGCUACGCAUCGCGAACGCCGUCACCGCCGAACCUCAGGAGAUCCGCUUGACGACGGCACAAGAUGGAAGCGGGACCAGCCAGGAGGCAGCACUGUCGCGGUUGCUGGCGCCCGAGCCAGAGAAGGUGCAGUUCAAGUCGCCGAACGUGGUGUGCCCGUCAGACAGCGUGGUGCCCAAAGUGGCUGUGAGUGCGGCGGCGGCCGCCAACAGCGCGCCCCCGCCGACGAAACCCUUCGGGGGUCCGUUUCCCUUCACCAGCAUGAACCAGGCGAUUCACGGCGUCAACUACGCAACGCCACCGCCUCCUUACCCCGGGAAGCAUCCAGCGGUGACGAUCUCCAGUCCGCUGCUCGUGAACCUGCUGCAGAACGACGGCAAGGAAACGACCAGUGCGGUCAAACCGCGGACGCUCGUGCAAAAGCUGCGGACUAUUGCGAACCGAGUGCCAGUGCAGAACACCAAACCCCCUCAGGCAAGCACGUCAUCACCAAGCGCCUUAUCUUCUACUUCCAUUAGGCAGAGUAGCAAACCGAACAGUACAAUUUCCGCGUACGCGGCGCCGGCGGCGCUCCCCCCGCCGCCGCCAUACUCGGUGGCGGUCACUCGCCAGUGGGACUCCGUAGUACAAAGCGCGCCCUUUUUGGAUUUGACGCCGUCGCUCACCGACCUCAAGGCCGACGACUUGGAGCACCUGCUGCCGACUCUCGAACGCGACCUGGCGCGCAGCCCGCCGGAGAUCCCCGAGGAGCUGACGCGGCCGCACGACAAGCGGAACUUUCUCAUCAACCCGCUGACGGGGGAGCUCGAACCGCAGUCGAGCGGCGAGAGCGACGCCGAACCGGACCUGGGGGACGUCUUCACGGGCUUGCCGUCGCCGGCGGCCCUCUCCGACGACGACACGAACUCCACGAUCCGGCCGGAUACCACGACGGACCAGAGUGACAGUGAGACCCGAUCGUCGCAUAGUGACAGUGGCAAACACUCGCGCAAAUCGAAAACCACGCGGGACCGAGGACGCGAUUCCCCGAACCUCAAGCCGACGACGGAGAAGAUCAAACUCCGCCUGAAACUCGAAAAGUCAGAACCCAUCAAUUCGGCGUACAAGGUCGACGUGAGCUUCAUCCAGCAACCGAAGAAGGCGUCGGCGUCCACGUCGACGCCAUCCCCGAGCGCCCCCGGCGAAGAGCUGCGCGUGCCCCCUUUACACAUCUCGCUGCGCGGUCGCCACCACGCCUUCAUCACCAACAAGAAGAAAAAACUCAACCCGGACAAGUCGAAGAUGCGUAAAACGCAAGACUUGAACAAAAUCAAGAAAAGCGCACUCACGGACGGCAACAGUGCAAUAAGCGACGACGCCGACGACAAAAAGAAGAAGUUCAAAUCGAAUCACGAGCACGACUCGGACCUCAUUUCCAAGCUAGUGAUACACAACUCGACCCACUACAAGGAAAAGCAGAAGGAAAGGAGAGGGAGCGACUCGGAGUUAUCGAGGGCGAAUUUGAAGUUCGUCGACAGCAAUGGAAUCAUCUCUGUCGAAAAGAAGAGGAGAUUGAGUCAAUCGGAGGCCGGAAUGGAGAUGGUGGAGCCGCCGAUAUUAGGAUCGACGAACGUAGGAACGAUAGCGGGACUUCCGCAAAAACCUCGAAAGGACAAGAGUAAAGUUAAAGACGUCUUCAAGAGCAAGGACGUGAUGAGAAGCAAGAGUUUCACGAAGGCGUGUCUAGGGGAGAAGUUCACGAAGCAGGUAGCGUUGCCAACGGGCGAGAUAGACAUGGAGGCAAAGUUUAAACAGAGGUUGAUGGAGGGUACGGAAAAGGGGAUUCCGAGGCCGCCGCAUCGGACGGACGUGGUGCACCAGAGUAUCGUGACGGAGAGUAACCAAAUUGAAAAGUCUGAUCAGGUCUUAAAAGUCGAAUCGGAGCCUCUCCCUCUCGCGGAGAAGUCCCCCAAGUCCCCCGAGCCGGACAAGUGCAACACUCCCGAACGUGACCGCGAUCGCAAACAACUACCACCCGACUCAUUGGGCGACAAGCAGUCGGGCCGUUCUCCGAACUCGGGCGCCCAAGGCGAGGACAGCGGCAUCGAGAGCAUGGACGCCCUGAGCGAGAAGUCGCCGAACCAGGCGUCGCAGAGUCCACACGCUGACAUUCCCGAGCCGCCUCCGACGAUCCCAACGAUGGCGGCGGCGACGGCGUCGACCAACGACAACGGCAAAUCAAAAACACAAGUGCCUGAAAUGCCCGACAUGCUCGACAUCGAGGCGCAACUCGCCAAGAUGGAGGGGUUGAACGGCGUAGAAGACAUGAACGAGAACCGGACGAGUAGCGGCGGACAGGCAAACAAGCAGAUGGCGCAGUGCUGCGAACUAACGUCGGCGCUGCAGGACAGCUUGAAGCAGGGAGCGGUGACCUUGUCGACGGUGACGGCAACAAGCCCGAUGGGGGUGAAGGAGCAGCUGCAGCAGGCAGAUGUGACGAUGGUUCCCAUCAAGUCGAAGACGAAAGAGGAGGACUUAGAGCCGCUCCCCGUCCGCGUCACGCCGCCUCUCUACACCUACUCGAACCCGGAGAAGACGCGCGCCGGCUCCGAGAGCCCCACGUUAUCCGACGAAGACAGCAACUCCUGCUCGAACUCCGGCCCCCACAACGUCGCCGCCGCCACCGCUAACAAGACCAAGAGCCUACUCGAGCAGCUGCUCAUCGAGAUUCCCGACGCGCAGACGCCGAGCUCGCCCAGCCCGGCGACGCGUUCGUCGGUGCGCACGCGCGCCCUCUCCAAACUAAGCAGCCCCGAGCUCAGCUCGCCGGUGUCGGCACCGCCGCCGGCCGCCCCUAAGGUGGUGCGAGCUGUGGUGACGCCGCCGGUGACGGCCGCCAAGCGGAAGCGUCACGAGUCGGACAGCUCGAAUAAUAGCGUCGACGACGCGCGCGCGAAGAAGACGCGCAAGUGCUCGGAGAACGCCGCCGAGCUGAUCAAGGCGUGCAUGGGAGUUGACGUGGCGAAGGCGAACAACGUGAAGAAGGGGCCGACGGCCGCGGCGGGGAAAUUGCAAGACGAGAGCUCGGACAGCGACGAGCCGCUGAUCGAGAAGGUGAGGAAGACGACGGCGGCGGCGAACAGCGCCAAUAGCGUGCCGGGGAAGAAAGUGAAGGGGUUGAAAGGGACGGUGAGCACGAGGAGGUCGGUGAGGACGGCGCCGACGCCCAACACGAGGAGCAAAGGGGACAAGGCGACGGACUCGGAAGCGAUUAGGAGAAAGACGAGGAGUGCUGUGUCGGAGGGUGACAGCAAACGCAAGAAAGAGGUCAAGUGACAGUAUCAGAGCGGCUGUCCGUUAGAGGACGGCCCCCAGCUGCUAGAACCAGAGCCUCCCUGUAGGCCCCCAUACGUAACAGUGCCCAUACUGCAGCCCCAGCCUUGAACACCUUUAUUUAAAUUUAAACAAACAAGAAAUUUUAAAAAGCCACAGCCAUGUCACCGUUACUGUACAGAAUGUGAUAUACCCACUAUAUAAUGUAAAUAGCUAGGAUCAAUUAUUGUAAAUAGAAGAGAGAAAAAGAGAAAGCAGUGUCACAAAGUCACACCCGUUUAUAUAAAUGUAAUAUAAUGUGGUAUUUUCCAUACGAGCUAACGCAUAUAUUAUACAUAAUACAUACUAUUCUUUACUAUUGUUUGCAUUUUACGUAGAAAAACAUCAAAUAUCUCACGAUUGUAUGUACGUUGUAUGAUUAUUGUAAAGUUGUUGACAUAUUGUUUACGUUUAGCUUAGUUGUAUCUGUUUUUCUUUUUUUAAUUAUUAUUGAUUUUGAUUAUUAUUUAUACCACGGAGCCUUGUAGGAUAUGUUUCUUGUUUCUUUACGUAAAAUACAAUGACUUGUAAUGUUCUUAAUUGUAGAUUUGUGGAAAGGUUGAUGAUUAUAAACUAUACAUUGUUAAAUAGAAAUAUCUUAAUAUUUAUA